AUGACGAUCUCGUCAAUCCGGGCUCUCCUCCUCGCUCGAAUUUCACACCACGCCCCACAGCUUCUCCGCGCGAUCACACCCGACAGACGACCAUUCCUGUGCUCAGAACCGUUCGUACGAAAGUUUGUAUAUGAACAUCUCAAGUGGGUUUCUCGAUCUUCAACACGCGCUGCUCAGAAGACUCCGCAAGAUGCGGAGGAACAGAUCUACGAGCUCUUCCUCCGACUCGCUCUCUGGUUCCGCGACUCUGGUGCUCGAUAUCCCUCCCUCCUCGUCAACUUCGAUCAAACUCAAGUCGUUAUGGCCGACAGCGCUGCCAACACGUUCGACGUCGAAGGAUCGAAACAGGUCUCUGUCCUCGGGAAGGAGGAGAAGCGAGCAUUCACCGCCGUGGUCGGCAUCUCUGCGUCGGGCGAUGCUCUCCCGACGCAAUUCAUCUUCAAGGGAGCCACUGAGCGCUCCACCCCAUCCUCGACAGCACCAGACCGAGGCGAAGCCAGCCGCCUCGGUUUCAUCUAUGCCUGGAAUCCGGACAACUACUGGUCUACCCACACCACGAUGGAGCAAUACCUCGCCGACAUCGUGGUCCCUUAUUUCACCCGACAGAAGGAACUCUUAGGCUGCGACGAGGACCAGGAGUGCGCUAUCCUCCUCGACUGCUGGUCGGUUCAUCGCAGCCUGAGCUUCCGCUCAAUGGUACAACGUCGAUGGCCUUGGAUCCGGCUUCGCUACGUUCCUGGUGGCACUACG